AUGGACUCGGGGCCGCUGACCUAUCAGUGGCGUUGCAAGAUGUGCGCUGACUUCAUAGGCUACCAGGCAGACGUUGUCGUCAUGGAUUGCUGGCCUGGCGGUACACCCGAGCGCAAGUCGGAGAUCACAGAGGCCCGAAAGCACGAAUGGGACGGCUGGGUGCUCAUCAUUGCACGUACGGACCGUGGGCACGACGUCGUCGAGUCGGCGAAGGCAGCUGGUCUUCUCUCCUUGGCCCCGGCGGAGUCUAUGGAGGUUCUGACAACGCAGCCGCACCAAGCGCGCAGAGCAGGCUCUAACUUCAUCCGCCGCACAGCACACGCCCAGCUCAGCCAACCGCUGACCGCAUUGGAUCCCGCCGCGGCAGCCCGGGUGGCGCGUUGGGCUUUAGACAAGUCCUUCAUGGAUGAAGUGCUGAGAACUGGCAAGCCAGCUCCGGAGGCCCCGGAGGCGGCGGCGGAGCUCCGAGCGUUGCUGGGCAGCGAGCCCUGGGCCGAG